GAAGCAAGAGAAAGCCGCCAUAUCACUCUCUUAUUAUUUUUCAUCAUCACCCGCACUUUGUACUCUUCAUCAUCUUCUGUUUUGCCUAAUAUGUUUUACCCAGCUUCCCACUUUCACCAUAUCAGUAAUUCAACUCUCAAAUGAAACCGAUAGAAUUGCUCUUUUAGAUUUUAAACACCAGAUUUCUUAUGAUCCACAUGGAGUGUUACUUAGCUCCUGGAAUGACUCCGUGCAUCACUGUGAUUGGCCAGGAGUGAGUUGCGGUCGUCGACACCAACGAGUUGUGGCUUUGGAGCUUCCUGAGAUGGGGUUAGCGGGAACCAUAUCUCCUCAUAUUGGAAAUUUGACAUUUCUCAGGGUUGUUGAUCUUAAUAGCAAUGGAUUGCAUGGUCAAAUUCCUGGAGAAAUUGGUCGUCUGUUUCGACUGAGAUACCUCAACUUGUAUACCAAUGGACUGACAGGAGAACUAGCUGCGGUUAAUCUUAGUAGCUGUCCACGGAUUAGGACAAUCAACAUGGCCAAAAAUAGACUGCGAGGUAGAAUCCCUCCAACUUUUGGGAAUUUUUCAUUGCUUCAAGAACUAUCCUUGCAUCGAAAUUAUUUGGAGGGAAACAUUCCUACUGAGAUUACACAGUGUAGGGAUUUAAGAAUCCUUUCGCUUGGCAGCUGCAAUCUGAGUGGUACACUGUCUUCUACUUUCUUCAAUAUGACUUCCAUUAGACAGUUUAUAACAGGGGUUAACUCUCUUCAAGGAACCAUUCCAAGCAACAUAGCAGACACAAUGCCUAACUUGGAAAUAUUCUAUUUUGGGGCCAACAAAUUCCAUGGAACUAUCCCUAUUUCAUUUCCCAAUGCCUCUAAGCUUCAAUAUCUUGAGAUGUCACAAAACUAUUUUGAAGGAAAAGUUCCAGAUAAUAUUGGAAAGUUAAAAGAUCUUCGGUUCUUGAACCUCGAGAAAAAUUUGCUUGGUGGCAAUGAUCCCUUCAAUGACUUGGCUUUCAUAACCUCUCUCUCAAAUUGUAGUUAUUUAGAUGAUUUGUCCAUUGAUAAAAAUAAAUUUGAAGGUAAAUUGCCAAACUCCAUAUCAAACCUCUCAUCCAAAAUCUCUGCUAUACGUUUAGGGAGAAAUAAGAUAUCUGGAACAAUACCCAUAGGAAUAAAAAAUCUAGAUAGCUUGUUGGCUUUAGGCAUGGAAGAAAACUAUUUAUCAGGGGCUAUUCCCAGGGAGAUAGGUGUCUUACAUAAACUACAAGUUUUGCGUUUUGAAGAAAACAAAUUCUCCGGAGAAAUUCCAUCUACUCUGUAUAAUCUCACAUCUUUAGCUGAAUUGAGCUUUAUAAACAACAAUUUAGAAGGCAAAAUACCUCCGGACAUAGAAAAUUUUAGGAAAAUGAAUAAAUUAGGCUUGUCCAGUAAUAGAUUCGAUGGCUCCAUUCCUGAGCAUGUUUUUAGCUUGCCUGCCUUGUCUAUGAUCCUUGACCUCUCUAGUAAUUCAUUUAGUGGCCUGUUGUCUUCUGCGGUGGGAAAACUUAAAUCACUAAAUGCCUUGGACAUUUCUAGAAACAAGUUAUUGGGCAAAAUUCCAGAAACAAUUGGGGAUUGUUUGAACCUCGAAUAUCUUGAUAUGCAUGCCAAUCUCUUUGAAGGAAAAAUUCCAACUUCUUUGGUUUCCCUGAAAAGCAUUAGCUACUUGGAUAUCUCAAACAACAAGUUGACUGGAGAGAUACCCAGAGAAUUCCAAAACCUCCGCUUCUUGCAACAUUUGAACCUUUCCUUCAAUGAUCUAGAAGGGGAGGUACCAACAGCUGGAGUGUUUGCUGUGGUAGCCAAUGUAUCAUUGCUUGGAAACAAAAAGCUAUGUGGUGGUAUACCUGAGCUAAAGCUACCUCCAUGUCCUGUGAAGAAAAGAAAUCGUAGAAAGCAUCUAAAGCUUAUGAUUGUUAUCGUCACGUGUGUUAGUGUGGCUCUGGUCCUUGCAUCCCUUCUAUCGUUGCUCUGGAAGAGGGAAAAAAAGAAGCAGUCUUCUAAGCUAUCCAAAGUUGAAAAGCUAUCCAAGAUAGCUUAUAGGGACUUGCACCGAGCAACCGAUGGCUUUUCCGAGAUAAAUUUGAUUGGUUCUGGAAGCUUUGGCUCUGUUUACAAAGGAAGAUUUGAGCAAGGUGGGGAAGAAACAUAUGCAGUUAAGGUACUUGACCUCCUAAAGGAUGGAGCUUCAAAGAGUUUUCUUGCAGAAUGUAAAGUGUUAAGGAACAUACGCCAUCGAAAUCUCGUUCCAAUUUUGACAUGCUGCUCGAGCUGUGAUUUUGCAGGUAAUGAAUUCAAAGCCCUAGUUUAUGAAUUUAUGGAAAAUGGGGAUUUGGAUACAUGGUUACAUACACAUGCAGCUAAUGCAAGGACAAAUGUUCUUAGUGUUCUUCAAAGGUUAAACAUUGCAAUUGAUGUAGCUUCUGCGUUGCAUUAUCUCCAUGAUGAUUGUGAGCCAGUGGUUGUUCAUUGUGAUCUAAAACCAAGCAACAUUCUACUUGACAAAGACUUAACUGCUCAUGUUGGAGACUUUGGAAUAUCAAGACUUUAUUCACGAACAAUUGAAAAUUUAUCUGGAGAACAGACAAUUACUGUUGGAUUAAAGGGGUCAAUUGGUUAUGUUCCACCGGAAUACGGGAUAGGGGCAAAGGCAUCCCCAUUUGGAGACAUUUAUAGCUUUGGAAUCCUUUUGUUAGAAAUGUUCACAGCAAAGAGACCCAUAGAUGAUUUAUUCAAUGGCGAAAGUAGCAGGCUUUGUGAGUAUGUGGAGAUGGCAUUGUCGGAAGAGGUUAUGAAGAUAAUAGACCCAUUGCUAACAACAUGCCAAGGAAGUAGCCAUGGAAUAACACCGGAUGCAGGGUUGGAGAAUGAUGGCAAUUUAGUGGGAAUUGAAGAGACGAAGAUGCAUAGCUUCUUCAUCUCCAUCUUCAAAAUUGGGCUCACUUGUGCUUCAAGAUCACCAAUGGAUCGCACACAUAUGAAUGAAGUGAGCAGAGAAUUACACAAGAUUAAGAGGGCUUUCUUUGCAUAAAAUUAAGCAAACAUGUCUUGUGACAUACACUAUUUCUGUUGGUGAACUAUAGUUAGCAAUUUAUAAGCUAAGUUAAAGUCCAAUUUUCUUUAUGUGCUCGUCAUAUUUUGCAUCUAGAUGAUAAUACCUGUUUAACUUAAGUCCUAUUUUGUAUUUCAUGUUGAUAUAUCUUUAUAUGUGUUAGUUGAAUUUUGUUUAAUUUA